UUAAGUACAUGGGACCUACAUGUAAAUGGGGGCAUCGUAUUUGUUUUUGCCCUUGAUUUGAGAGUGUCAUUAAUCAUUUCAAAGGGAACGUGGCAUUUUACAUUGGUAUUGAGACAGAAAGUCACGCUUUCACAAUCGCACGCGUGAACCUUCUCUCAAUGCCCUCACUUAUCAGAACCCAAGGCUCCUUCAUCAGAGACCUUAAAAACCCCAGACUCAGCCCCCUGCUUGCACUUGCAAACGUAGAGCUCUUGUUUCUUCACCAUACCGUCUCGCAUCUUGAAAGCUUAUACAACUAUGUCUGCGAUGCUGGAAGUCAGAGUUCCAAACCUGGAUUGUCAGGGCUGCGCUUCCAGGUUAAAGAAAGCUCUCUUCAAGCUCAAAGGGGUUGAAGAAGUGGAAGCAGAAAUGGAUAUCCAAAAAAUCACAGUCCGAGGCUAUGCGCUGGAAGAGAAGAAGGUGCUCAAAACUAUUAAACGCGCGGGGAAAUCAGCAGAGCCAUGGCCAUUUCCAGUAUACUCCCACUACACCUCAUUUUACAAGUAUCCAUCCCAUAUAGUGAGCCAUUACUACGAAUCUUACAGAAAUGAAGCUUCCAAUGGAGUUCAUACUUUCUUCCACACCCCAGCUAUUUAUUCGGUUGCCGUGGCAUCUGAUGAGGCCGUUGCUUCACUUUUCAGUGACGAUAAUCCACAUGCUUGCUCUAUCAUGUGAACAUAUUGCAACCUUUUCUCAUUUUUUUUUUAAAAUUUUCUUUCAAUUUUAUAGUUGGA